AUGGCUCCCGCACUCAUCGAAGAGGUCACCGAACAGACUACUGUCGGCUACAAGUCUGGAGUUGGUCAGUACAAAGAAGCUGCCUUUGGUGGCCCGAAGGUCUUCCAAAAGGAACUCGAGCUGCGCGGGACUGAUAAGCAUGCACCUGCCAAGUAUCCGCACUACCUCCCGACUUGGGACAAUGAGAAGGGCAGAAAGUACCCACCAUGGGAGCCAUUCGAGCACACUGAACACGGAAAAGAUGCCGACCCUUCGUUCCCUAACCUCUUGGCGAACGCGACUGUCGCCGACAUUACAGCAAACAUCGGCGCUGAAGUCCAUGGUAUCCAGCUAAGCAAGCUGACGGAUGCCGGAAAAGAUGAACUCGCACUGUUCGUCGCCCAGAAAAAGGUCGUAGCGUUCCGCGAUCAGGACUUCGCAGACAUCCCAAUCAAAGACGCACUCGCUUUCGGUGGAUACUUCGGUCGACACCAUAUCCAUCCUACAUCAGGUGCUCCUGAGGGCUAUCCUCAGGUCCAUCUCGUCCACCGAGGUACCGACGACACCACGGCGCGAGACUUCUUUGAAGAGCGGACGAACUCGAUUACCUGGCAUUCAGAUGUGACGUAUGAAAAGCAGCCACCCGGUACUACAUUCCUGUAUGUCCUUGAUGGGCCAGCGGCGGGGGGUGAUACUUUGUUCGCAAACCAAGCAGUAGCGUAUAACAGACUCUCGCCAGAGUUCAGGAAGCGACUACACGGCUUGAAAGUCGUUCACUCAGCCGUCGAGCAAGCCGACAACAGCAAGAACCGCGGCGGCAUCGUGCGUCGCGACCCAGUAACCUCAAUCCACCCGCUCGUGCGGACACAUCCUGCGACAGGCGAGAAAGCGCUCUUCGUGAACCCGCAGUUCAGCCGACGCAUCGUAGGCUUCAAGAAAGAGGAGUCGGACUUCUUACUCAACUUCCUGUACGAUCAUAUCGCGAAAGGACAGGACUUCCAGGCACGCGUCAAGUGGGCGCCGGGUACGGUUGUGGUUUGGGAUAAUCGCGUUACGGCGCACAGUGCGUUGCUCGACUGGGAUGAUGGCGCGCGCAGGCAUUUGGCGAGGAUUACGCCGCAGGCUGAGGCGCCGUUUGAGACCGAUGUGGAGGAAAAGAAGGCGGCUGGCUUUGAGUAUUAG